GGAGUUAAUAAGGUAAAUUCAUUUUAGGAAAUUCAAAAACAGUCGUUUUGACAGCAAUGGCCAUUUAAAUGGAAAAUCAAAUUCUUGUGAAAACCGAAAGUAAACAUUCAAAAUGAAUGAAGAACGUAAUCUGUCGGAAUUCCUCUAUCAUCUUUCCCGUGAAAUAGUGACCUCACGUGAUUUCUCGGACUGCAACAUUAAUCGAAUAUGUAGUAAAUACUAUAAUCAUUCAAAUUAUCCGGACAAGGAACGGCUUUGUAAACUUGUCGAAAAUUUGAAACGUAAACUUCUAAUGUACAAUUGUGAAGAUACGGGUGAGAUCUCGACUCAAGCUUGGACUCCACGUACAAAAACAUCUUUACAAACACACUGUAGUAGUACAUGUGUAGAGGACCACUACAGUCCUUAUCCGCGAGAUGAAAAAUUUAUCGACAAGUGCGUAGGAACGCAUUCUUCACCCUUCAUAUCUAAGCAGAUGGUUAAUCAUGGAACUCAGCAUUUUGAACCAGUAUCGGUACAGUCCGCUUCAACCGCUGCGUUAGCAAGUUACCCGACGAAUAGCUAUGUGCUACAGCAGAAGAAAUCGUCAUCAAAACAUGAUUCGCCACCAUCGUCAGAUGUUUCGGACAUGUUGAUCGAGCAGAUACUCAUGAAGCAUGCUGCUAUGGCGGAUGAAACUUCGAGUGAGAUUCUGAUGCGUAUGGCAGCCGCAGAUCGAGUUUUAUGCGAAACAUGCAAAGGACAAUGUCCGCUACAUCGGUGUAAUCAUUUUAGAAACGAACCUCAGGGACCGAGUACAUCUUCCGGCCAAGCUAGGAGAGAAGAUACUCUUUCAGAACCUUGCAACUGCCCUUUGAAGAAUUGCAAACAUAUUACCAAUCCAUCUGGAAUCGAUGGUGGAGGAGGUGGAUGUGGGGGAUGCGCAAGUGAUCUACCCAUUCUUAGACAGGAACCGGCAGAGAGCGCUACACCGCCAGCCACAUGCUGUGGCCGCCAGAAGAAAAAAAAGAGGAAGCCAUCAUCAAGUCGGAGAACAGGACAUACAUGUAAGAAAUGAAAUAAAUACGCCAACUCACCGGA